AUGGUACAAAUGAAGCGGUCGUGCUCUGGCUCGCCUCUCCCCUCCAAGCGCGUUCCUACAACCGCUUGCCUUACAAUUGAUGCUCUUAAGGAGCAUGACCAAAACGCACGCCCCGUCUCUCUUAUUACGCGUCUCGAUAUCGCUCCAGAGCAAAACUUCUCCGGCGUGCGAAUAUUUGUUGACGAUGAUCUUCCCAUCGACAUCCAGCAUCAUACAGAUAAUAAGGUUUUCUGUGCAUUAGAUUUCAACGAUGAUAACUUAUACAAGGUCUCCGAGAAGCUCUGGAACAAAUCUAAAGAACUGGCCCGGAAAAAGUCAGGGGAAGCCGAAUGGACAGAAGCAUUAUACACGGCAAUUGACGAGCUAAAACCCGAUGGGCUCGAAAUUGCGCGCAAUCGAGACUGGCGUGAGGAUCUGAAGCCUCCAGUCUAUAACCCUCUUUCUACCAUCCCGCGAAAACGAGACCGGUCACAACAGAUCGUACCGGGUAGCACAACCACCGACAACCUUAAUAAAUCUCCCUCUAUCAACCCGGCUGAACCAACCAUUCCCAUAUUCAAACUCAAAGAUCCACGUCCAGAUACAUGUGUUGGUUUGUCCGAUGAGAACUUAGCAAACGCCCUUGUAUCCAAAAAGGGCCGUAGCAUCGCACGAAGAUUUCUAGUUGACCUGCAAGAGACCUCCAGCCUUAUCAGUGACCCCCAUGUGACACCUCUUGGCCUUCGAUUUCCUUUUCUGGUAGUCGAAGCAAAGGCUGCUGCAACCGGAGGAAACUUGUACCAGGCACAGAACCAAGCUGCAGUAGGUGGUUCAGCAGCACUCCAGAUCUUCAAAAACCUCUCGGAUCUCCAAGAUAUGGACGAAGGCCAAGGAACCACCGAAGAUCGUACUGUGGUGGCCCAAGAUUCGCCUAACGCCAAAUUGCGCCUCGCCUUUUCUGUCACCACAGAGGGCCCAGUCCACGAGUUAUGGCUUCACUUUCAGAAGCCUCGAGAAGAGGAUUUUUAUAUGUACGUGGAGGACCUAUUCAAAUUAGUAACAACAUGA